GCAGCGGCGGAGCGCGGGCCGGGGCCGGGCCUGGCGGGCAGCGCUCGGAGCGCGCGGGCUGUGGGGAGAGGCCGGCCCGGCGGAGCGCCCGCGGGGCAGGACGAGGGGCCGAGGCGGCGCCGGCCGCCGAGACUCACCCGCGGGUCGGGCUGCGCUGCGCGUCCGCCCGGGAGCAGCGCCGGGCGGGCCGGGCGGCCUCGAGGGACGGUGCUUGGUGCUUUUUACCACCUGUGAAAACUUCCCUGUAAUUCAUUUUUCCUCACUUCAGUAUUAAGAACUCUACCAAAUUGAAAAGAUAUGAAUGAAUAUCCUAAAAAAAGAAAAAGGAAGACUUUACACCCUUCUCGUUAUUCAGUGGAUAAAUUUGGUUCUGUAGGGUUUGUAUUGCUACCAACCACAGAUGAGGAACCAGCAGUAACAGAGGGCUUACUAUAAACCACUUGAACUUCUUUGGAUUUUCAUAUCUACUGAAAGUCCUGAAACCAGCCUCAACAGAUACCAGGGAACAACAAUACAUAAAUAUAACAACUAUAAUUAAGUUCUAGUCAGAAGUUACACUGAUUGUUGUCUUUGGAUUCCUCUGGAAUAAGCAGAAUUGCUGAUGGAUUCAAUGGAAUUUUUUCUGAUCAUUGUUACAGUGUCUGUUCAAUGAGACAACCAGACUUAAAAUGCUUUGACAACAAAGAUGAUGAUUCUGAUACAGAGACAUCGAGUGACUUGCCAAAAUUUACAGAUGGAAUCAAGGCCAGAAGCAGAAAUCAGAACUACCUGGUUCCCAGUCCUGUACUUAGAAUUCUAGACCACACUGCUUUUUCUACAGAAAAGUCUACAGAUAUUGAAAUUUGUGAUGAGGAGUGUGACUCACCUGAGUCCAUCAGCCAACAGAUUCAAGAGGAAAAUCCUAUAGAAGUUCACGCUGCCGAGGAUGUUCCCAUUGCUGCAGAAGUGCAUGCGAUUUCUGAGGAUUAUGACAUAGAGGCAGAAAACAACUCCUCUGAAAGUCUCCAAGACCAGACUGAUGAAGAGCCACCAGCUAAACUUUGCAAAAUUCUUGACAAGAACCAAGCUUUAAAUGUGACUGCCCAGCAGAAAUGGCCUUUACUGAGAGCGAAUAGCAGUGGCCUGUAUAAAUGUGAGCUUUGCGAGUUCAACAGCAAGUAUUUCUCUGACUUAAAGCAGCAUAUGAUCCUGAAGCAUAAGCGCACCGAUUCCAACGUGUGUCGAGUAUGCAAGGAAAGUUUCUCCACAAACAUGCUUCUGAUCGAACAUGCCAAGUUGCACGAGGAAGAUCCCUACAUUUGUAAAUACUGUGACUACAAGACGGUAAUUUUUGAGAACCUCAGCCAACACAUUGCGGAUACCCACUUUAGUGAUCACCUCUAUUGGUGUGAACAGUGCGACGUACAGUUCUCCUCAAGCAGUGAACUUUACCUACACUUCCAGGAACAUAGCUGUGAUGAGCAGUACUUGUGUCAGUUCUGUGAACAUGAAACAAAUGAUCCAGAAGACUUGCAUAGCCACGUGGUCAAUGAGCAUGCGUGUAAAUUAAUAGAGUUAAGUGACAAGUAUAACAAUGGACAACAUGGGCAAUACAGUCUCUUAAGCAAAAUUACCUUUGACAAAUGUAAAAACUUCUUUGUAUGUCAAGUAUGUGGUUUUCGGAGUAGACUUCAUACCAAUGUUAACAGGCACGUUGCUAUUGAACAUACUAAAAUUUUCCCUCAUGUUUGUGAUGACUGUGGAAAAGGCUUCUCAAGUAUGCUAGAAUAUUGCAAGCACUUAAAUUCACAUCUAUCUGAAGGAAUUUAUUUAUGUCAGUACUGUGAAUAUUCAACAGGCCAAAUUGAAGAUCUUAAAAUUCAUCUAGAUUUCAAGCAUUCAGCUGACUUGCCUCACAAAUGCAGUGACUGUCUGAUGAGAUUUGGAAAUGAAAGGGAAUUAAUAAGUCACCUGCCUGUCCAUGAGACAACUUGAUUGAUCUCUAAACCUAUUUUAACAGAAUAUUAAUGUAAAACAAUAAAUUCAACUUUUUUGAGAUGGUAAAAUGGAAAA